GAUGCAAACGGAAAGUGUGGUUUAAAUAGUUUUCGCAAUUAGUCCAGGCACCUCACUACGCGAUUCUGCCUCAGGAUGAACAGUUGUCGUCUGUGCGUUGGCGAUUUCCUACUGCUGCGGAAGGAUUACAACAUUCACCGUCUGAAAGCCAAGCUCGGGGCUGUGUUCUCGUUUGAGAUAACACCACACGAACGCCUCUCCGAAGUGGUGUGUCCUGACUGUGUACGAAUCGUUGGCAAAUUUUACGACUAUGCCAGUACGGUUGAACAGAAUCAGCAACGAUUGCUUCAGCAGAUCCAGGUAGAGAGCAUCCUCGGUGAGACGUCGUCCUUGUUGCUUCCGACGGGUACUAACGGUCAGCAGCUGAUUCCAGAAGAUGAAAUUAAGGUUGAAAUUCCGCAGCCGGAGAAUGUUUUCGCUGAAGCGCUGUCACCGGAACCGGAAUCCGUUUCACAGUUAGCAAAGAAACAGUCCAGCAGGUCGAUCGCUCCGGCAGGGAGGUUCCAGAAAAACCUGAUCAGUCGUCACAUGAACAUGUCCUGCGACAUCUGCCAGGAGGAUCAAUUCACGUUCCAAAAGCUAGAGACUCACUUCAAGAAGUACCACGGCAAGCAGUUCUACAUAAGUUGUUGCGGGCAGAAGUUGACCAACGAGCAGAUGAUUGCGGUUCAUUUGGAGAAGCACCAGACCAUGACCACGAUCAAGGAUACUCGGGAAAAUGGUACCUCUUGGGAACGGCGAGUUUCGUCCGCGUUCGGCUCGAUUUUGAAUGACUUCCGGAAGGAUUUGGAAGACUACGAGCCGUUGCCGAAUAUGACACUGGCCCUAAACGGAGAUACCAGGGAGCAGCAGAAGCUGUACGACGUUCAAGAUUACCUGGUACAAACGUAUUUCAACUUGGAUUGUGAACUUUGUGGCUACCGGAUGAACAAUUUAGAUGAACGUCGGAUGCAUUUCCGGGACAUUCACCCAAAGGAGAAAUAUUUCGUGGCUUGUUGUGGACAACGUUUUUCCAUUAGGAUUAGCAUAAUGCGGCACCUGAAUCGCCAUUGGAAGUUUGUAGCAAAUGGAACGCUUAGUGGUUCUAUUCAGAAAAAUGGAGGCAAAGUGGAAACGGAUGACUCCGGUGAAGCUGGGACACCCCCAAACAAAGUGAACUGGUUGCGCCAAAUGCAAAUCCUCUAUGGACCAUUGAUGAACGAGUUCCGUGACGACCUCAUUGAAGGAGGCUUUACUCCACCUACUAAGCUUCCGGAAGGCAAAUCUGCUGAUCAGCAGAGAUUGCUUCACCAAAUGCAGGAUUAUCUGAUAGCCAAGCACAGUCCUUUGAAUUGCGAUCUUUGUGGAGUGGAAAUUAGCACUUACUUGGGUCGACGAGAGCACUUUAACAUCGGGCAUCCGAAGGAAAAAAUGUACAUUCAAUGCUGCGGGAAGAAGAUUUCCACUAGACAAAAGGUUAUUGUUCACUUGUUGCGGCAUCGAAAGGGUCUAAGAACAAUGGAACCACACAUUCGAUUUGCUCCAGAGCAUUCUUACGAAAAACACGAACAGGACGACGCAGUGAUCGAAGGCUACUACAAAAUGGAUUGUGAACUUUGUGACUUCAGCGGCAAUUCCUACCUGGGACUGCGGGCACACUUCCAGAAGGCCCACAAAGAGGAAGGAUUCUUCAUUACCUGUUGUAACCGGAAGAUGAAGACCAAAUACCAUAUCCUUGAGCACAUAGCCGCCCAUCAAAAGCCGGGUUCGCUGAAAUGUGAUCACUGCGAGGCUACGUUUUCAACGGAACGAAUCCGUAAGGCUCACGUCAACCGGAAGCACGCGAACGAAGAGGAUAAAGUAUUCCGCUGCGAACACUGCGUGGAAUCGUUUUCAACCAAGAAUCUGCUUAUGUUCCACUCCUACAAGCACGAACUGAUGACGUGCGACAUUUGCGGAGCGGAGAUGAAGCGCUGUUCGCUGCGGGUGCACAAGUUGAACGUCCACAAACAGGGCGAGGAGAUCGUGUGUCACGUGUGCGCAAAGGUUUUCCACUCCAAGCACAUGUUCAAUGCGCACUACCGGAAGGCACAUCUUGGGAUCCGGAAGAAGUACAAAAAGAAAUCUCGAGCAAAGAAGAAACUACCGGUCGAGGAAGAAUUGGAGAGAGUUGGCCUGGAGGAUCCAUGCAAAACUACGACGCUGCAGUUGAGGAUCGAACCGUUGUUUAUGAACGAUUGAAUUAGUCGACAAUGACUCCACGAGAGCUAACUUUGUGAUGCACCUGAAAACGAUCGUUACCUGAAAUGUUUAAUAGAUCUAGUCAGUCCAGCAUUUAAAAAAAAUAUUGCCGUGGUGAACCACUUCCAUCACUUUUGUAGUUCACGUUUUAUGGCAUCAGCUGUAUUACUUUGUUUUUGACACGAAUUCACUUAAGAUUGAAAUUAUGUU